GUAAUUUCAUUAUAGCGUUUCUCUUAUUUAAUUCAUAUACAGAAAUGUUCAACAAUUACAACGAUGACGAUGGGUUUUCAGGUGCAUUUUUUGGAGGUUUGCGUCCUAGUCUCGGAGGCUUCGUGAACCCAAACAGAGGGUUUUCAGAAAACUACCGUUGCUUUCCGAUUGCCAUGAUGCAAAAUGGAAGUGAAAGAGAGAAUGUCAACUAUGGCGGCAAAAUUAUUCUACCUCAGUCGGCUUUAGAGAAACUCUCUCAACUCAAUAUCUCGUAUCCCAUGUUGUUUAAACUGGUAAAUGGAUUGGAAAAGAAACACAGUCAUGCAGGUGUUCUCGAAUUUAUUGCAGAGGAAGGCAGAGUCUACUUACCACAAUGGAUGAUGGAAACUUUAGGCACAGAACCUGGAAAUAUUAUUGAGGUCAAAAAUGUCACAUUACCGCUCGGUUCAUUUGUCAAAAUCCAACCUCAAUCUACCGACUUUUUAGAUAUCAGCGAUCAUCGUGCAGUUCUCGAGAAGGCGUUACGUAAUUUUUCUACCUUGACUGUAGGCGACAUGGUUCAGAUUAAUUACAACAAUAAAAUAUACGAAAUCCAAGUGUUGGAAGUCAAACCUAACUAUCCUGAACAUUCAGGUAUAUCCAUCAUUGAAACUGAUUUGGAAGUGGAUUUUGCUCCACCUGUUGGAUAUGUUGAGCCAGCUAGUCAAAAACCAGUACAAUCUAAGAGUCAUAUGGUCAUUGAUCUUCCUAAAGUUGAAAAGUCUGGGUUUGCUGCUUUCCAGGGUGGCGGACAAAGUCUUCGUGGAAAGAAUAAAGGAAAAGCAAACGCUGUAGAUACUAAUAUGGAUACAGAUGAAGGUGACGAUGAAGGGCCAUUACAUUUACCCUUUGGACAACUUUAUUUUGGAUUUCCUGUGGUUCCACCACCCAGUGCAGACGAAAAAGAUGAUAAAAAGCCAAAACAUGUCUUUACUGGCUCGGGUCAAACACUUCGAAACAAAAAGAAAUAAACAGAGGGAUGA